AUGGUGGCUCACGAAGAUGAAAUAGCAGAGCUCUUAACUUGUCAAGACGCACAGGUCGACAUCUUGACAAUCCCCAAAUCAAACCACAUGCACCGGACGAGCUACCGCAUCAAGGCAUUCAACUACGUCUUCAACGUUGAACUCGAGUUGAAUCAGUUUCUUUUGGCGGACCGCAUGCGGGCGGUGCAUCGUGGACGCGACGGCAGCACUCACAUCGACGAUCAGAUCGAGCACUGCUACUACCACGGCACAGUGAAGGAUUACUCAGGGGCCAUCGCAGCGUUCAGGACGUGCAACGGCCUGGCUGGCAUCAUACAGCUCGGCAACGAGACGCUCAUCGUGGCACCUAUAGCGGGCGGGGAGAACCUGUCACGGCACCCGCACUACGUCACGGAGACAUCGAAGUCGACAACCCACCAACCUCAGAAGUGUGGGGUGACUGACGACGACUGGCCCAACGGACCGGGCUUCGACCAUUCAAGCUACGGCCGAAUCUCCCACGGCCGUAAGCGCAAGCAGGCGCGCCAUCGGUACGCCAGGGACAUCCAAACCGCGACGAAAUACGUCGAAACUGCGCUCUUCCUCGACGAUAGAUUCAUGGAGCUUCGAGAAUAUGAUCGUCUUCGUGCGAUGUACGACGCACUGCAAAUCGCCAACAUUGCAGAUCUGUACCUGAAGACAAUCAAUACCCGCCUGACAAUCACAUACCUGGAGACAUGGGGCGGCCGCAAUCUCUUCAUGAUUGACAAGCGCCAGCCAAUCUCCAACAGCCUGAAGCUCUUCUCAGACCACAUCCAGCAGCACCACCUCAACGACCCUAAGGAUACAUCCCACAUCAUCACGGGUGAAAAAUUCGAAAGUGGCGAGUCAGGAAUGGGGAUCAUGAACUCCAUCUGCACGACCAAGAGCGCCGGCAUCAGCGUCGACCUGAACAUGUAUGAGCCUCAUCUUGUGGCCUCUACCAUGACGCACAUGAUAGGGCACAAUCUCCACAUGAAUCAUGAUGAAGGUCGAGAGUGCACAUGUCAAGACUGGUACGGAUGCCUCAUGUCCCGGAACGUGGUAGGCAAGGACCACGUCCAGCCGUCCAAGUUCUCUAAAUGUUCUCAAGAUGAUUACUACAAAGCGCUGCUUGAGAACCCCACCCUCAACUGCAUACUCAAGAACCAUAAAAUACACUCUACUGGCUACAAGGCCCCGCCAAGCAACGCCAUAGGAGGGCGCAGCUCGCUGUGGUCGCAACCUCACAACCCGCCCUCGGGAAGCAGGAGAGGCUACGCCAAGUGCGGAAACGGACGUGUAGAAGGGGACGAGCAAUGUGAUUGUGGAGAGCCUCAGCGCUGUGCAGAAGUUGACCCUUGCUGCGAUCCUGGGACUUGCAAACUGGUGCUGGACGCUGAGUGUGCCAAGGGACCGUGCUGUGAUAGCAACUGCCGGCUGCGAUCUAAAGGCACUCCGUGCCGCAAGAGCAUGUCGGAGUGCGACAUCCCCGAGGUGUGCGACGGUCUGCACGGUACUUGCCCCAUCGACAUCUACAAGAAGACAGGCUCCAAGUGCGAGGGCGACAAGGGGUACUGCUUUAAAGGGAGAUGCCCUACCAGGGACACCCAGUGCAACCACAUAUGGGGGGCUGACGGGAAGUCAUCUAAUGAGUCUUGCUACAACAAGCUGAACACUCAAGGCGUAUUCACGGGUAACUGCGGCAGAUAUCGCAACGGAAGCUACAUCAAGUGUGCUCUGGAGAACGCGAAGUGCGGGAAACUGUUUUGCCAGAACGGUCGACAAGCUCCCAUCGUGUCCAGCCCUAACACCAGCUACUUCAAGGCGGCCUUCAACGUCAACGGCAGAGAACUCGAGUGCAAGGUCCUGAACUAUGACGACAGCGGCCAUAAUGACGACUGGUCUCUUACUCACGACGGCACCGCAUGCGGGGAGAAUCUGGUGUGCAUUAACCAGACCUGCACUAGCAUCUACGUGUUCAUUGAGCCUGGUCGCUGUAUGUCUAACAACAGCUACGACUGUACUGGAAAUGGGGUGUGUUCGAACAUCAACACGUGCUACUGUAACCCGGGCUGGACAGGAGAAGAUUGUUCUACAUAUAACAAGUCUCUUCAAUACAUCUCGACUCCUCCUCCACAUUAUGGACAUACCACCGUCAGUUCUGCGCACACCGACGAUGAGAAGAAGAAUACGACAUUGGACCGCAAUAUCCAUAUUGUUGGCCAACAAGGGAGCGAUACAGUGUUUCUCGUAGUAGUUCUCGUGUCUGGAGUUGGCUCCGUAUUUUUCGUGUUUGCAUUCAUGGCGCUUUGUUACAGGAGGAAGAGUACCCUGCCCAAAUACGACCCCCCGUACGUGAAGCGUCCCAUCGUCAAAAAGCCUCCCCAGCAACACCUGACGCCAGUCAACAGCAAGAGUACUGAAGAGACCAACUUGGAUCAGAGCAGCCGUAUUAUAUCGUUCGGGCCCAUGCCUUCAUACAGUUCGCGGUCGAGUAUCGCUGGCCCUCCUCCCCCGCCCCCCGGGCUGGACAUGUGCAGGGAGCACAAGAUCCCCACCAUGAAGCGCGGGCCUUCGGGCUGCCCUGGAGACGAAGAGGCGCUUCAGGCCGUGGAAGACGACAUGUUGUCAUUCCUGGACGUAUCCGGCAACAGCAUCGGCAAAAUUCCAGAAAAAGGAAUUCUGAAAAAGUCGUACGGACUUCUAACUCCAGGCGAGAAGGAGAAAUGGUCAGAAGAAAGUCAAAGUGACAACAACGACGUGCUGAGCCAGUGUGACCAGAAUCAAGGGGAUGCAGAAUGCCAAGUCACCGAAGUAGAACGGACUUUGAAAUCUCUAAAUGGUUACCACGAAGAUAUUAUUGAUGCUCUAAAGAGAGCUGCAUCCCACCGCUCCAUGACAGGAGCCGCAAGUUUAUCCUCCGACGAGAUCUCGACCGCCCAACAUGUCCCCUAUCCAAGAUUCGCUACCCCGGAUUUGACUCGCUUGAAGAGCUCGCAUGAAAAACUCGUGGUCGACUCGGGUGGAGAAGAAGACGAUCAUCCGCCUCAUCCAAUCCGCAUCCGCAACCUCGAGGACCUCAUCCGGCAGCUGGAACAUCAUCCAUCCAGGCACAUGAGUCCUUCAGGAUCAGAGGAAAUCAGGAUGAGCGAGCCGGAGGCUGAUCGACAUUACAGGCUAGAACAUUCUUCGUGCACGGAGUCCCAAGGACGUAGCAGAGGUGACAGUACGGGCAGCCUUGGAUUCGUGUACGGUCGGUACCGUCAACCUACCAGCAGCAGUGGAGCUAGUGGUUCUACCAGUGGUGGUAGGGGCUCAGAGACCCGACUAGUGGCUAGUAACGCGGGGGUACUAGAGUACUCUGAUGGCGCUGAGAGCCAGGGAGCGUACACUGAGGAGGAUGACCUGGACAGACCUGAUGCUGGGGAGCAGGCCGACUCUGAGAGUGAUGAUUACCUCGGAGGCCACGGAGGUGGCGGCAGUAGCAGCAACACUCUUCUGCGAUCAGCCAGCGAAGAGGUGAUCCCAAGCCGACGGUUCCAGCACGUGACUUCGUCACAGCCGCGUCUGUACUCCCCUCCUUCGGACACAGCGUCCUUUCCUGGGGAUACUCCGGUCCACCAACAGCCGGCUGGUGGAACGGUACCACGAUCCGGUCCCCCUCGCGGUCCAAUGCCCCCGAUCCCUCCUCCUCAGAGGUACCCGGAAUAUAAGCACUGACGUACGGCCC